CUGAGAUACAUAUAAUACUUCAGAGUCCAGGCUGAGAGAGAGACUUGGAUGGGCAAGAUUCAUCCCUCAGCAUCUCCAGGGCUCAGGCAGGACGAAACUUGGACCCUUCCAGGAUGUUUUCGAAAACCUCCUCCUGGCUGCUGCUCUGCUAUUUUGCUGUCCUUCUGGUGGCUUUCCUGGGACAGCCCAGUGAUGGGGCCAACUACGCGGAUUUCGCACGUAAGCACAUCGGUUAUCCGAAAACCGCAGCUGACAACCCCAACGCCUACUGCAAAGUCAUGAUGAAGGACAGAGGCAUGACCGACGGCAGCUGCAAAGCGAACAAUACCUUCAUCCAUGACGAGCCCAGCAACAUUCAGAAUAUCUGCAGCGGGGGAGGUACCAGGUGGUCUGGGAAUCUCUAUGACAGCAGACAAAGUUUCCCUCUCACUUUCUGCCGCAAUAGAGGUCGUUAUCCUAAGUGCAAUUACAUCGGCACGGAAAUGACCAAGAGAGUCCGUGUGGGCUGUGUGAAGGGGUUGCCUGUUCACUUCCAAACCGACCUGUAGGCCGAAGCAAGCCGAAGGAAAUAUUUCAGCAGCGACGACCUAGCUCUGCUUUGCUUAAUGCUUUCUCAACGACGGAUCUCUGGGACAUCUCUGUAGUGCACCUUAACCUCGUUUAGCAGGUCUUCCUUCUCCCCCCGAGAAACCCAGGACUUGUCCUUGCAUAGGACAGGGCUUAUAGAUCGCUCAUGUAGGAUGCUGAGCGCAAUCAUCAAACUAGAAAUCCCAGGAUUCUUUGGAUGGGGGAGCUAUAACAGUGGAGGGAGUAGAAUAAAAUCGUCUGUGUGGACAGAGGCUGGAAAACCUGGUUCACAGAUACGCUUCCAGCUGUUGAUCGAAUGAAUGAGCUGCUAUCGCAGGGGAAAGGCCAACGGGUGAGCUUAAUAGAGCUUUUCAUGUGUGUCAGUUAUUAAAGGCCUGGAUGUUCACA